UCAACCUUGCCAUCUUGACUACUUCAAACUGCGCUGCACUUGUGUGGGAGAGGACAUUUGAUCCCUUGGUCCUUUUUCUUGCCGUCUGUGUCCAUCAUGUCAAAGCACGCCCGGGCAUGGCAUCUUGCACUGCCAUACUUCGCAAGCUCACAUGGAAAGACCAGCCGGGAGAACAAGCAUCAAUCGUGCCAUAUUACGUGCUCUUCCUGCCAAAUUGCUGGAUGGACGCCCACCAGCUCUAUUAAGGUCAGGCGAAAAAACCAAGUCCUUGAAAGAUCCACUUGGCCUCAAAAGCAAGAAAUCGAAGAGAUAUGACAGAUAUGAUGCUCAAAACCAAGAGGUGAUUGACCAACGUGCUCUGAAAAGCGAAGGGCCUGUCAGGAGUGCAGCUCCUCAAGAUGCUGAGGGCCCAAGAGCAUUGUGCCAGGCUGCAAGGAAGUGCCAUGACGAUGUAAAAGCACAAAGUCUUCUUCGACAAGCUGCAGCAUCUGUACACCCUGGAACGACGAUUGCGGAUUGUACUUUUGUGUUGAAAACUAUUGCAGACUUCACCUCAGCAAAACCCAAACAACCUCAGCGUCUAGACGAAGCAGCAAUAAGAUAUUUGGCUGAGACAUUGAGUCAAAGACACUCGAGUUCCUCAGAAUUGUAUCUGGAUUCGCGAAAUCUAUCCCUGGCCGCCAGCUCUCUUGCAAAGUCUCGAGUGUGGGUUCAAGCCUUUGGCAUUCUGAUCCAGCAGUUCUUCAAUGACGAGGCACCAAACAAUUUAAGAGCCUUCAAUCCUACUGAUAUUGCCCAGCUAUGCCACUUCAUGGCAGUUUUCAGAGAAAAGAUGGACGCAAAGCCAGGUUCAGUGUGGGCAGCUGGUCAUUUGCAGUUGCAAAAUCAUGAGCAACAAGGUCGCCGACUGCAGGCUACUGGAUUAGUAUCGUUGCUAAGGUCAUUGACAUUGAGCAAAGACAAAUUGCAAAAGUCAGAAUUGAACACUUUUGGAACUUGGCUGCGAGCACGAUUGGUGGACGAAAUAGGCUCUUGCAGUCCUCGGCAGUUAGCGAGUGCAGUGUUAGAUAUGGGUGCACUAGACCUUCUUGACGUCGGAGCUGUGAGGCAUUUGCAGCGUGAAAUCACUCGUGCAGCAACCAGCAAGGAGAUGAGAGCAAGAGACCUGGCAUCAAUUUUGGUUGGAUAUUCGAAGUUUCCCGCUCCCUUGCCGGAACGACAAAUUCUAAUGGCCCCAUUGCUACCUAAAAUGGUCACACUGAUGCCGAACUGUUCCUUGGGAGACAUGUGCGAGCUUUUGCAUGGGCUGGCUUCUGCACACAUUUCGGACCGCAUUCUUUUGGAAGCAUGGUCAUCCAACUUCACGCUCAAGGCAACUUCGGUGACUUCUUUGGUUGGUGCUUGGCGCGAAGACUCGGCCAGAAAUGGAAAGCAUGAAGCUUUGAGCCCGACUCAGUUAUCACUGGCAGUUGCGGACUUGGCCAAGCUGCGAUUCAUCAGGAAGGAUCCAUAUGCUGUGUUCUCAACGCUGUUGCAUGCAGUCUCAGACGUGUCUCCCUCCCUUGGUGGCUUGGCGGUGUGCCAUGUGGUUUGUGCAAUGGCACGGGUAAAAAGUGGAAGGACAGACAAGAACUUCCUGAUGUCUGAAUCGGAAGAAGAUGAUUUUCGGAGACGACUUUUAUGCAGAUUGGAGGCGCAGCUCUUGACCAGAUUGGAGGAGUUGCAACCCCAGGGGCUCUCAGCCAGUGCUGCCGCUUUUGUCAAGUUGAGCCACUUUAGCAAGGAACUUUUCAAUGGACUGGCAAGCGCAUCAGUACCUUGUCUGGAUUCCUUCUCGGCCAAAGAUUUCGCAAUGAUGUCCUCAGCACUUUGUGCGGCUCAGCACAUUGCCAACUGUUGGAGUGGAAGCCCACUGGAGCAGCUGGGUCAAAAGGCUGCCCGUUCCUUGACGCAAGGCACUUGGACACCCAGGCAGGUGGCGCAGGUGCUGCAACCCUUUGCGCUUCAGCCUCUUCCUGAAGGCUUAUUGAAUGCAGCUGUGAAACAUCUCAGGAGUCACACUUCCAACUACUCGCCACGAGACAUUGUGGGGUUCUUAUCUGGCCUUCGUUCUGCUCUCGGAGACAAGGCACUUGUAGAAAACUUGUGGAACACUUCAAGACUUCGCUUGCACACACGAGGCACACAGACUAUUGCAACGGCACAGUCUUUGGUGCAAUUGCGGAGUGUGAUCCCUUUGUCCAAGCUCAGGUAUCGCUUCCGAUUGCUGAGCCGUGAUCUGCAACGGACUCUGAGAAUCCGUCCAGUUCCAUAUGAAGAGCAGGCUUGGGCUUUGCGAAUUUGGGCACUUCUUGGUUUGCGCGACUGGCCCCUGUUGGCCAAACUUGCAAGCAAUUUGGUAGAGGCUUUAGAUGCUGAAGCAGCGCGAGCUUUCGCGGACGGAGCAAAUGUGUCUUCGCUGAUACACCCUCAGGACUUGGCCCAAGCCAUCUAUGCUUUUGCAAAACUUGGUGCGCCAGAGCUCGUCCCAGAAGCGUUCAGGCCACCCAUCUCGCAGGUCUUAGUACGAUCAAUGAAGGCAACCUGUGGGUUCUGUGGGUUCACACGGUCCGACCUUUUUCUUCAGCCAGCUCUUGAAAGAAGACCACAGAUUUUGUUGCAAGGGAUGUAUAUAUAAUAGUCUUACGAAGUCGGGACUGGAGCAGAAUGACCUGAC